AUGCCUCCAAAGAAAGAAUCAACCGGAUUUACACCAGGUUCAGAAAAGAAAGGUGCUACGCUUUUCAAGACCAGAUGUUUACAGUGUCAUACAGUCGAAGAAGGUGGACCAAAUAAAGUGGGUCCUAAUCUACAUGGUAUAUUUGGUCGUACUUCCGGUCAAGCCCCUGGAUAUUCCUAUACAGAUGCUAAUAUUAAGAAAAACGUUAAAUGGGAUGAAAAUAAUAUGUCUGAAUACUUAACAAAUCCGAAGAAAUAUAUUCCAGGUACAAAAAUGGCUUUCGGUGGGUUAAAGAAAGAUAAGGAUAGAAAUGAUUUGAUUACAUACUUGAAAAAAGCAACUGAAUAA